CCCCCUCCGUUUUUCUUUUUCUUACGCCUCUCUCUUUCUGUUUCUCUCAAUUUUGCAACUGUAUAUUGAGGGGACAUUUCUUUUCAAAACCUUUCAAAAAGUUCAAAUUUUUUUUUUUUAAAAAAAAAAAAAAAAAAAACUACGCGUCCUUUCUAUUUCCAUUUCUUUCUUCUUCUUCAACGUACACUCCAUUCCCCUUUCUUCUCACAAACCCUAAUUCUCUCUCCCCUCCUUUCAUUUUUCCUCUGCUUUCUCAGUCCCCUUCUCAUUAAUGGCCGAUUCUCCUCCUCCUCCUCCUCCUCCCCCCCCCUUCUCCACCGUCGAUUCCUCCUCCAAUUCCUCCGACGCUCUUUUCUUCUUCCCUCCCGAUUCCGAUUCCUCCAUCCUCACCGAAUUCGGAUGGAAUUUCCACUCCCUUCAACCUCAACCUUCUCGAUUCCUCCACUCUCACCCCAUCGACUCCGAUUUCCCUCCAACUUCCACUCCCGUAAUCGACGACGCCGCUGGAUUGCAAAGCCCUGACGCUCCCCUUCCACUCGCUUCUAAUCCUUCUUUGUCUUCCAGCUCCAGCGGAGAGCCGCCGGAGAAACAGCCUGAGAUUAUUCCGCGGAAGGUGAAAAAGAAGGGGCAAAAGCGAAUUCGGCAGCCACGAUUUGCAUUUAUGACCAAAAGCGAAGUUGAUCAUCUUGAAGAUGGCUAUCGAUGGAGGAAAUAUGGACAAAAGGCUGUCAAGAACAGUCCAUUCCCUAGGAGUUACUACAGGUGCACAAACAGCAAAUGCACAGUGAAGAAAAGGGUAGAACGGUCGUGUGAAGAUCCAAGCGUUGUAAUAACAACAUAUGAAGGACAACACUGUCAUCACACCGUUGGAUUCCCUCGAGGUGGAUUAAACAUAGCUCAUGAAGCUUCUUUUGGGUCUCAAUUUUCACCUCAAAUCCCACAGUUUUUUUACCCUGAUCAUCAUCAAACUCACCCCCCACCCACAACUAACAAUAACCCUCCCACUCCCAAUGACCAACCACACAAUUUGGCACCAUCAUCAUCCUCCAAUGCCCUGUCCUUAGAGCAACAAGAUCCAACAAGCUCACACCUUCAAGUUGCCUCCAAUGAAGGCUUGCUCGGCGCUAUUGUCCCGCCCGCCAUGAUGCGUAGAACGACGUGAUAAGACGAAUUCACUUCACAUUACUAGCUCCACCAUGAAACACACUCAUUUUGUGGUAUGAAAUCCUGCACUAACCUCAUCUCUCUAUACAUAAUAUGAUAUAACUUAUUUUUUAUUCAAAUUGUCGACUAUAUGGUGCUUUUUGCCAAGUUUGUAUGUAUCUUUGUUGUCUAGUUAUUCGAAGAGACGGGUACAAUGUGGUUGUAGAGGAACAACCACAAUGUGACCAUCACAUUGAAUAAAUUUUCACGUCCGUUAGAGUAAAAAAUGGGUCUUUUAUGCAUGCUUAAAUGUAAUUGGCUCACAAUCGUCAAAUAGGGUCGUUUUAUGCAUGCUUUAAUUUGUACAAAUCAGAGAGGGUUGUUGGUUAUGUUGACUAUAUUUUCUUUGACUACUUGUAGAUUUAACUCAUUGGGGGUGUUUAACCAUGUAUGGAUGGAUUGUAAUUGAAUUAAACGUGUUUUUAUUGGCGCAUUAUUAUUUAUGAUGAAAAAUUGGAUUGGUAUUUACAUGAUAUGUUUUUUAUCUUUGUUUUCAA